UUUCAGGAUACAGAAGUAAAACAAUUGGGUUUAAAGUUUCCCUUUUGCUGCUGAUCAGCGUUUCCGCGCCGCGUAUUUUCCGUCCUUAGACAAACCGCUUCCAGUUUCGCAAACAACAAGCUGACGUCAGUCUGGAGGAAGAUGGACAGGGGGGUGGGGAUCUACCCGGACAGGUAAAGGUGAGCGCUCUCGCGACUGCUACUCGGGAAAGCCUACCGACGUUUUGACUGCUUUGUUUCUCCAUUUUGAGCCGACUGUGUAACCAAAACAUGGGAAAAGAAGAGCAGGAGUUGGCCAACCGGCCGGACAACACCGCCUUCACUCAGCAGAGGCUUCCGGCAUGGCAGCCCAUGCUCUCCGCUGGCAUUGUCAUCCCAGGGUUUGUCCUCAUCGGCCUGGCAUUCAUUGGCAUUGGCGUCGCUCUCUUUAUCACUUCACGGAGCAUCCAGGUGUUGGAGUUUGACUAUACUGGGGUUGAGCAAAACUCACCAUGCUUCAACUGCACUGGCCAGAAGGUCUUGAACUGUGUGUGCAACCUGGACUUCUCCAUUGACCGUCCAUUUACGGGAACCGUGUUCUUUUAUUAUGGUUUGUCCAACUACUUCCAGAACUUCAGAAAAUACAGUGUGUCCAAAGAUGACUCGCAGCUGUAUGGAGAUAUCACUUACUUUAAAAGUCCCAGUGUCACAUGUUCACCCUAUGACUAUGACAGCAACAACCAACCAAUUGUACCGUGUGGCUCAAUUGCAAACAGCAUGUUCAAUGACACCUUUAAACUAAAUAAUAUCAAUGGAUCAAAGGUGGACCUGGUUCCCCUUGAUGGAAAAGGCAUUGCUUGGUGGACAGACUACAACAUCAAAUACAGAAACCCCAGCAUCACACCUCUGAAGAACGCAUUCAACAACACCGUGAAACCCAUAUUUUGGUCCAAGCCUGCAUAUGAGUUGGACACAACAGACCCUGCUAACAAUGGCUUCAUCAAUCAAGAUUUCCUGGUGUGGAUGAGGAGGGCGGCCUUGCCAAAUUUCAGGAAGCUGUAUCGGCGUAUUGAUAAGGGUCUUCCAAUUGGAAAUUACUCUCUUGCAAUUUCCUACAAUUAUCCUGUUCUGAGCUUUAAUGGGAGAAAGAAGGUAGUGUUCAGCAACGUGUCGUGGAUGGGUGGCAAGAAUGAGUUCCUGGGAAUUGCCUACCUCGUGAUUGGUUCAAUGUGCGUCUUUAUGUCCAUAGUCAUGCUCAUCGUCUAUGCUAAAUUCAAGUUUCCUGAGGAAGACUGAGUGCCUGGUCAUUGAUUGUCCCCCACUUGUCUGUCAACAGCUGCAAGAGGUGUCUCUUAAAUAAGUGCAUUACAUCAGCACACAACUAGUUGCCUCGUCAUAUUAGGUCAGUAAUAAAAUUAAAGCCAUAAACCAUUUGAUAAGCCAUAUGAUACUGGACAACAAUGUAUACUUAAUUGUGAGAUGUGUAGUUUAGCUUGGAAAUAAUGCUUUAAAAUGUGGGAAUAUUCACUCAGGGUUCUGGUUUACAGGCUAUGCAAGCUCAUGUUUUAACUCUAUUGUUUUAGAUAUUUUACUUUAUGUUGAUAUUUAUUUAAUAAAACAACAUCAAAACCA